AUGGCCCUCAAAUACCACCCGGAUAAAAACAAAUCGCCUGGAGCGGAAGAGAAAUUCAAAGAGAUAGCCGAGGCAUACGAAGUGCUAUCUGAUAAAGAAAAACGGAAGGUGUACGACGAUUACGGCGAAGACGGUCUCCGGGGAGGAAUGCCUUCAGGUCCCGGAGACCACGGUGGUGGCUUCUCUUAUACUUUCCAUGGAGAUCCGCACGAGACAUUUCGAAUGUUUUUUGGCGAUGAAAACCCGUUCCAAACGUUCUUCUCCUUCGGCGGAGGUCCUGGUGGAGGUAGACCACAUCAUUUUGGGGGCUUUGGUCCCGAUGUGGAUAUGGACAUGGAUGAACCAUUUUCCAGACAGUUCGGCCGUCAUGGCUUCAGUACUGGUGGGUCUCCGUUUGGUCGGCGAAAAGAGCAGGACAAACCGAUCGUACGGGACUUACCUGUGAGUUUAGAGGAUAUUUGUACUGGAUGCACAAAAAAGAUGAAAAUAACGCGCAAUAUAUCUCAGCCUAACGGGCAGACAAUCAAGGAGGAGAAGAUUUUAACCAUUGAUAUUAAGCCUGGUUGGAAGGCUGGCACGAAAAUCACGUUCCCUAAGGAGGGAGACCAGACCCCAUAUAACGUCCCUGCAGACGUUGUGUUCGUAAUUCGGGAUAAGAGACACCCCCAAUUCACUAGAGAUGGUAAUGAUAUCCGAUACAAAGCUAGAAUAAGUCUAAAAGACGCUCUUUGUGGAACAACUAUUUAUGUACCAACCAUUGGAAACAGAACCAUCCCAUUGCGACUUUCAGAAGUAAUAAAACCAAACACAGUAAGACACAUCAAAGGAGAAGGUGUACCACUAGCCAAACAGCCAUCAAAAAGAGGAGACCUUAUUAUUGAAUUUGAGAUUUUAUUUCCUGAUGGUCUCUCUCAGCGAUCAAAACAAAUUCUUGCUGAAAACUUACCAUCUUGA